AUGGACACACGCUACUCCCGGUCCUCCGGAGAGAGUCCUUUCACUCCAAGACAGUCUCCCGCGACCGCAAUUCAGUUCUACCACACAGGUUCUAGACAUGGUGCCCUCAGCGAGUACGUCGUCCUCGACUCUCGCCACGUCUGCAUUGUUGCGAAAGCGAUGGAGAUGCCAGAACUUGCUGGCUUGCCCAUAGCAGGAUGCACGGCCCUGUGUCUGGCAGAAAAGGCCGACUUGCGACACAGCCAGAAGAUCCUGGUCAGUGGAGCUGCUGGAGGGGUAGGAUCGCUGGUGACGCAGAAGGUUCGAAAUGCCGUGGGAGAGGAAGGCCGAGUCGUGGCGGUCUGCUCUCGCGAGAAAGAACAACUCGUUCGAGAGCUCGGCGCAGAAGAGGUCUUCGACCAUCGAACGCCAGUCCCUGUCCACAAACUACUGGCGGAGAAGUACGCUGGCGACAAGUUCGACACCAUCAUCGAUGCAUAUGGAGUGCAGUCACUAUUCGAUAACUGCGCCGACUUCUUGAAAGAAAGCGGCUCCUACAUCACUGUCGGCAUCGCAUUCGAUCACUAUACGUACACCAGCAUGCUGCUGGCGGUUAGCCGGAUGCUGAGGAACGUCUUGUGGCCUCGCCUUCUGGGCGGCACACCAAGGAGAUAUGUCCAGGUAGCUUCUGUGUGCACUUUGGAUGGUCUUCAGAAGUUGAAGGACCUCUGCGAAGACGGAAAGCUGAGAGUCCCUAUCGAUUCAAUUUGGGACUUCGACAAUGUGCCAGAUUCCUACAAAAGGAUAUUAAACAGACGCGCCAGCGGCAAAGUUGUCGUCAAGAUCAGUUAG